AUGUCCAUUCCACCUGAGAUCAUCCAGGUGAAGCGCCUAGUCAAGAAGCGCAAGGCUGCCGAUGACGAUGAUGAAGGCAUCGUCGACUACCUUCCGGAGGACCCAAGCUUCCGCCGAAACGAGAGCACUGCAGGUCGCAAGCCACCCAGUAAUCCCCUGCCCGUGAUCCAUGCGUCAAAGCCCGGCGACGAGAAACGCAAUGCCGAAAAGAUCAACCACUCGCAAGAGGCUAAGCCAGACAUCUCGGCGCAAGGCCGUCCCAAAGCGCAAGACCAGGCACCCGCCGCGCCUACUGCCCCAGCAACGGUGCUCAGCGUGUCCAAAUCUCAGCCCGCCCCAGAGCCACGUCGAUUCCACAUGUCCCGGCAAUCGCUUGUCCCAUCUCCUCUCUUUAGUCCAGGUGUGACCACCGGAAAGAGGUCGCGAUAUAAGACACCGACGACUGUCUUCGUGGAGCGCGGCCACAAGAGGACGAGGACCGAAGACGUACAAAUGACCGACGUGGACAGUUCGCCGACAGCCAAGAGCUCAGUAAUAGAUGGAUUCGCGGAGGACAGCACGCAUGCUAGGAAACAAAAGCUACCCGGCUCAGACCGGAAGAGGGCAGAAGGCAGGCACACGCAAGCGGUGAGGAGGGAGGUUCCAGAAUCGUUCCAGAAGGAACAGGAUGCCGACAUGGACGAAAUCACUCGAAGCAUGAACGAAUUUGUCAUGCAGCAGAUCGGUGAAAACCUAGCCAGAAUCGAAGAACGCGACCGUAAGGAGGCGGCGGCAACGGCCAGGAGGGCGCCGACAACCACCUCGCCCCAGCCGUCCAAGUUCAAGCCCAGGGCUCCUGUGAAGCGCUAUGCGGAACGUCAUCCAGAGAUCUCAGUUGCACAGACAGACACUGCGCCAAGUAUUCCGACCGCUGAGGGAUAUGAGAGCCUUAGUGACGAUGAGUAUAUCAUCGAGACUUAUGUCCGUGUUGCAGCUGGAAGCCUCGACAAGAACCUGGCUCCGGAGAAGGUCGGCUUGCUUGUCUUCGACAACGAGCCUGACGUGGAUUUGUUCUUCGGCGAGGAGGGCGAUAGCGACGAUGAGUGGCCUGAGGACGACGAGGACGAGAACGCUGAGGAUUACUAUGCAGCAGACUAUCCAGAUGAGGAGGUCGACUCUGAGGACGAGUACAACCGAGCUGCAUACCAGUACCGUACUGGCAACGCAUCUGACCUUGAGGAGUAUGACGAGCGAGAGGGCGAGAUCGCCCUUGACCACGACGGAGAGAAUGACGGAGAGCCCGACCCAUUUCGCGCACGCUUUGGGACUCGACCCUCUGCUGCGUUCGGGCGCCCCUGA